UACUAGUCUUCCUGUUCGCUCGUGGGUAGAGGACGUUGGUGUCACAAAGGAGAGCGGCUCCCGAGGAGUUUUAAUAUUAUUUUGUAGUUAAACUACGUAAAUAAGAAACAAGAUGUUUUCCCGUGCGGUGAGACCUACCGUGAGCCUCGCUCGGAGCCUGUCCACGUCUUCGCGGCGUAACACCAAGGUGGCGGUGCUCGGAGCUUCAGGCGGCAUAGGCCAGCCGCUGUCCCUGCUCCUUAAGAACAGCCCCCUGGUGAGUCGCCUCAACUUGUAUGAUAUUGCCCACACGCCCGGAGUGGCCGCAGAUCUCAGCCACAUUGAGACGAGGGCCCAGGUGACCGGUUUCUUAGGCCCCGACCAGCUCGGCGCCGCUCUGCAGGGCUGCAAAGUGGUUGUUAUCCCCGCCGGCGUGCCCAGGAAACCGGGCAUGACCCGCGACGACCUCUUCAACACCAACGCCACCAUCGUAGCCACCUUGGUCGACGCCUGCGCCCGCAACUGCCCCGAGGCCAUGAUCUGCAUCAUCGCCAACCCCGUGAACUCCACCAUCCCCAUUACGUCCGAGGUCCUGAAGAAGCAUGGCGUGUACAACCCCAACAGAGUGUUCGGCGUCACAACCUUGGACAUUGUCAGAGCCAACACCUUCGUGGCAGAGCUCAAAGGUCUGGAUCCAGCUCGGGUCAACGUGCCAGUUAUUGGUGGCCACGCAGGGAAGACCAUUAUCCCCCUGAUUUCUCAGUGUGCACCUAAAGUUGAGUUUCCUCCUGAUCAGCUGGCCGCCCUGACCGAAAGAAUACAGGAAGCCGGCACAGAGGUGGUUAAAGCCAAGGCAGGAGCAGGAUCCGCCACCCUCUCCAUGGCCUAUGCAGGCGCCCGCUUCACCUUCUCCCUCCUGGAUGCCAUGAAUGGAAAGGAAGGUGUGGUGGAGUGCUCCUUUGUCAGGUCUGAGGAGACGGUGUGCAAGUACUUCUCCACACCGAUCCUGCUGGGGAAGAACGGCAUCGAGAAGAACCUCGGUCUGGGCACUCUGUCCGACUUCGAGCAGAAGCUGGUGGCCAAUUGCAUCGACGAGCUGCAGGCCUCCAUCAAGAAAGGCGAGGACUUUGUGGCCAACAUGAAAUGAGCAGGAGCCACGGAAUCGAAGUGAUGGAGAAUAUGUCUGGUCUUAAAGCAUCAGAAUAAUUUAAGAUCUGUCAGUGUUUCCUCUUCUUUGUUUUGUCAGUAGAAUCAUCUUUUUGUUAUUUAAUUUUGAGCUUUUUGAACAUGGCUUUAUUUUGUGAAUGUAACAUGUCUGUGGGUGUACUGUGACUUGUCUAAUUUUAUUUGCAGAUCUUUAAUUUAGAAAGUCAUCUGUAUUCAUAGCUGUCUGAAGAUUUUUCUGCUAAGUGAACAAGGAGGAAAUACUGUCUGCCUGCUGAUGUGAAAAGCGGUUAUUGUUUCAGAUAAGAAAAUAUUCACUCCACCAAUAAACAAUUUAGCUUCUGGA